AUGGCGAGAAUUAGAGGAUGGUUCUUGGCAGUGUUGAUAGCACUUUUUUCAAAGGACUACGUGCAUGGAGGUAAGAUAUUUCUUGUUUACCGGUAUAUACGUAGCCAUUUAUUAACAAAUAAUUGGGCCAGUGUAAAGUAGAUUUUAGUUUUAAUAAAAGUAAUCAGCGAAGCUACCGGCACUAAGAAAAACCAUUUAUUUGAGCAUUUUGCGCAAGGGAGUAUUGCGGAUAAACAGAUUUAAGACAGGGCCUGUAUGAGCAACCCGCAGAAAAACAAACAGAUAAUAUGGCCGUCUUGUUUGCACACAAGUAGAAACUCCUAGAAUAAAAACGAUGCCACGUAUUCUUUCAACGGAGAACAGCUGAUGAAAGGGGAUGCAAAUGUCGAGUUUGUUUCUUACUUUUUUUUCAAAAGAAAUGGAUUCUUUGUGAUUCGAAAUGUAUAGUGUAGUUUCGCGUGAGAGUUGCUUAUUUGUGUGGAUAUCAUCGAUCACUAUAGCGUCCAAAAACGACGCAACGAUCAUCUCGAUCCAUAUUUUGCUAUUAUUGUCUUGAUUUAUUUUAAGUUCUCCUUCAUUCAUUAUUUGAUGUCUAGAAUAAACAAACUCGACCACGAUCACCAUUACCACGUGACAAUUUUAUUACAUCAAUCCUCACGAGUAAGCAAAGAUGGUGCCAACAGCGAAUACGGUAUAUUAUAGUUGAGAAGAUAUUUCUCCGUUUCUGGUUGGCUUGAAUCGACCAGCGAAUUAUUUAUACCCAGCUAGCGCUGAACAAAUUUAUAAGAUUUAGGUCAAGUAUCCAAUGAUGUUUCUAAUAUCCGACGAUUUACGACAAUGGACGAAAGAAAAAAAUAUUACAAAAUGACGACAGAAGAAGAAGAAACAUCCGUUCGUAUCCUAAAUCUGUCAAGAAACUGGGCUAAUAGUUUGAACAGAUUCUUCGCAGAGGUUAAGGAUGUUAUGAGCUUGGACAUAUUUUAAAUCAAAAAAUAAUAAAACACUAUCUUAUUGGGUGAUUCGGGUUUCGACCGAUGUUAGCCUCGAUUGGCUGGUUAUCACAUGUAAUUUCAAAGCACUCGUGUAAAUCUGACAAAACAAUUUGCUAGAAAUUUACUGCGAUUCCAUUCCAUCACAAUCCCGCUGCAAAACUGCCCAUGCGCACUUGUUUGCAACCCUUGGCUUUGGCUGUUGCAGUUAAAUCACGCAUAGCACACUGUAGUGGACAUGACCAAGAUUUGCGUACACAGUCCUUAGAUUGCCAUCAAAUUCACUUCAAAAACCAACAUUUUAAAAAUGACUUACCAACUCAAUAGACUACAAGCUUGAAUUUAGUAGCAAUAACGUUCAAACAAUGUCACCUAUGACGCUCUGAAACUUUCUGUCAGCGGUUAAAAUAACUUCCCUGUAAUUGAUUUGAUUUUUUCGUUCUGUUUUUAUAGCUCAACUUAAGAAACUUUAUGAAGUUGGUCAUCGGCCAAUCCACGGUUUCUUCUGCGGUGAUCACACAAUCGAAGUAUAUUUAGCGGUUUGUUACGGCUAUCAUUAUGACGAAAGCAGAACACACAGUAAGUACCUAAGAAGUGUACUCUGCCAUUCUCAUAAGAACAGCAUUUUGGAAUUCGAUUUUUGACAGAUCGGACGUGGAGUGAAUUAAUAGUUGUAAAAUUUGUGAAUUAUUCAUUAAGUUCAUGACAAAUCUAUAGCUAUUAAUUGAGUUACAUGAACAUCUCUGUAAACGGUCUUAACACCAAAUACAAAUAAACUGUAACUAUAACAGACCAUUUCACAAUUUUGCAUCUUUCUAAUAAGAGAGUAAGGUGACGAGAACCUAAGGGAGAAAUUUUCCGGCAUUCGCCAAAUUUUUAAGUCAGAGGAGCUAUAUCAGCCUGCGUAGCAGGCACUUGGAAGUAGUGGGCGAAAGAGAGAACGGGCGCGCGCGAGGGAGACACGCAUGCUACCUCUCCCCUCGCGUGUCUCCUUCUCGCGCUUCCAUUUUUUCUUGUGCCCACUAAUUCCAAGCGCCUGCUACGAAGGCUAGAGCUAUAUCUUCGCUCUGGCAUGCUCACGUCUCGUUAUUUCAAGGCACACUUUCCCUCACAUAACUGUCAAUUACUCCUCCAAAUUGCAUUUUUUUCCAAUCAGUUUUUGUACUACUUAGUCGUCAUAACCAAACUGAUUAUACAUAAUUUGUUCACUUGAGUUACUAGCCUGCGUGCAGACGAUAACUAAACUCUGAUUAGUACCGUCUGCGAAGCAGCGCAGAGAUCCUUGUUCUGGACCCCCAACCGACUCAACGAAUUACCGGAAGUGCGUUUCGAAUUUCCCUUCAACCUGAUCGGCUAUUACCAGUCUUGCGACAAACAAAACAAAGGUCUUUUUUAACUGGCCAAUCGUGGUGCGUACUCAAAUCUGGGUACACAGCUGGAAGUCCAGAACAAGGAUUUCGGCGCUGUUUCGCAGACGGAGUUAACCAGAGUUUAAUUUCGUCUACGCGCAGGCUAUUGAGUUACCAACGAAAAAAAUUGCAUUUAUGCUCGUUUAUCUGCCUUUUCACAGGGUCAGUUAUGGUCGAUGAGAAAGAAGCCAACAAUUUUCUUCAUCGAUUAAGGAGAUCUAGCUCAUCCACAAACAUAGUAGAAGAAUGUUGUAUUGAAGGAUGCCAUAUAGAGGAGGUCCGGGAGUAUUGCUGA